GGAUUCAAAAGUCCGGCCCCUACCGUGAGGUCGUGGUGGUUUCGCGUGGUACGGUAACCCCUAUCGAGAUGAUUGUCAACUACACGUCAACAACGCAAAUUUGGUCCAGACCCAGGAACUUAUACGCAAUGACGAUGAGAGCAUUCAGUCUCAGGCCUACGUCUGCCUGUCCACUCUCUGCUCGUCGGAUCCUCUCUGUGCAACCCGGCCCAUUCGCUACUUUAUUCCAAACCAGAUCAGGAUAUCGUCAAUCUCGUUUGCCUUUAACACCACGGCAUGGCUUCCGGACCUUGCCUGCUCUCAGAGAGAAAUGGAUCUCAUCGGAAGUUAUUAUCUACGAGUGCAAAGCUCGCAAAAUAGAAAAAUGGGGCUGGGUCUUCUAUCGCACCACAUACGAAGACGACGAAGCCUGGGACAUCUUCAAGCAAAAACUCAACAUUUCAGUGCGCUCAAUCAUCGACCUGGACCCCCGUUUGGAACUCAACGAAGCUAUGUUCGAUAAACUUCAUUUUGUCUUUGUCGAAGACAAGGCAAAGUUUGAUGGAGCUUCCAAGGAAGAGCUACGUGCCCACUUCCAAGACUGGGUGGCUAAGACCUUUCCCUCCGAGAAUCCAUGCGCUGAGAAGAAGCUCAUUUAUGACGAUGAGCCUGUUCCAAGAUAUCGGUUCUUUUUCGAAGUUGACGAGGAUGCAUUGCGCAGCCUUAGCUCCACAGGUUCGGGUCAUGCCAACUUUGUUGAUGGCUUCUGGGGGUCGUCAAGUCAAUCCCGCUCUGGGAAUAUGAACUCUGCUUCGGAGGAGGAUUCCAAACAGCUACAGGACCAGGGGGAGGCUGUUAAAGGCUCUUCGGAUGUUGGCUGGAUGAAAAUGGACAUGGCUUUCUUUAUGGACACCCAUUUCUACGCAGCCUUGAGUACGGCAACGGACACAAUGUGGCGGUUCUUUUACGAGCGCCCACCUGCCAUAGUACCGAACAGCAAGCUUAUUCAACUGAUGCAAGCUCAGAACAUGGCCCGAAGAAGAUGGACUGAUGUCUGAAAGGCAGAGUAAUUGGGCACUAUGCCCUGAAACGAAGGAACGCGUGGAAGGGGAUACUUUCGGCUAUACCUAGAAACGAACUGAGUGAGAGAAAGAGGAGACGUCUCGUAUGUGACAAGAAUACGAGACCCUUAGCUCUGUGAAAUGCAUUCUUACUUACUCUCUAAUCACAAGAAAUACGGCAACUUGAACAAUCUAAUU